AUGGUAUUGCAGAUUAGGGAAGUUAGGCUAGAUGUGAGCCUAGUGGUGAGGAUGGUCGCAACUGUGGGCAACUAUGAUUACAUUAUUGAUUGGGAAUUCAAGCCAAGUGGCUCCAUCAAAUUGGGGACUGGACUAACAGGAAUUCUAGAGAUGAAGGGUGUGAUAUAUACUCACACAGAUCAAAUAAAAGAGAAUGUGCAUGGCACAUUGUUAGCAGAAAACACUAUUGGUGUGUACCAUGAUCACUUCUUAACGUACUAUCUUGACCUUGACGUGGAUGCUGAAGACAAUUCCUUUGUCAAAAACAAUUUGGAAACAAUCAAACUAAUAAACCAUAGCUCACCAAGGAAAAGCUAUUGGACAAUAGUGAGUGAAAUUGCUAAAACUGAAUCUGAUGCUCGAAUUCAGUUUGGCUUGAAACUAGCUGAGCUAGUAGUUGCGAAUCCUAAUAAGAAAACCAAAGUUGGGAACAAUGUUGGUUAUUGUCUAAUUCCAGGAUCAGCGACACGCCCUCUCUUGUUGUACAAUGAUUAUCCACAAAUUCGAGGAGCCUUUACUAAUAAAGAUGUGUGGGUUACUCUGUAUAACAAGUCUGAAAAAUGGGCAGGAGGACUAUAUGUUGAUCAAAGUCAAGGAGACGAUACCUUAGCAGUUUGGAGCCUCAGGAAUAGGAAAAUUGAAAACAAGGAUAUAGUAUUAUGGUACACCACUGGAUUUCAUCAUGUGCCUUGCCAGGAAGAUUUUCCAGUGAUGCCAACCUUGAGUGGUGGGUUUGAACUUCGGCCUACCAAUUUCUUUGAUAGUAAUCCAGUCCUUAAAACAAGACCUCCAAAUCUUGUACACUGGCCUAACUGCACCAACAAACCAUGAGAUUUUACAUCAUAGUGUAGUAAAUCAGAUUCAAUAAUGAUAUCCUUUGUCAUUGAUUAUCAUAAAAUGGAUAAUGAAUCCAAAUAAAAGAUGAAGCUUUAGAUACCA